AUGGCCACUCCUCCGACCCUAUGCACUCCUGGUGGGAGUCCAUCUCCAGAGCCCGCUCCCGCAUCCACCUUCUCUCCUCUCUCCUCCCUUCCUCCCCCCACCACGACCCCUCUCUCCCUCGCCGACACCGACCGCCCCGCCCGCUCCCUCCUCCUCUCCUCGUCCGCCUACUCUCUCCUCUCCUCCGCCCUCUCCGCCCCCUCCUCCGGCUCCGCCGACGACACCGUCUGCCACUGGCUCUACGACACCUACCUCUCCUCCGACCCCGAUCUCCGCCUCGUCGUCCUCUCCACACUCCCGCUCCUCGCCUCCGUCUACCUUCACCGGAUCCACCACCCCGACUCCGAAGCUCCGAGUUCCCUCUCCGGCUUCGAGGCCGUCAUCUUAGCGCUCUACACUUCCGAGACGAAAUCGCGCAACGGCAAGGCAGUCACCGUCACCAUCCCCGAUCUAUCGCAGCCGUCGCUCUAUCACGCUCCGUGA